AUGGCAUCCUGGGGAUCAAAAAUGUCAUCCCAUCGAUUUGGCAAAUACCUGUUGCGAGGAUUGAUUAUGUCGGGUGGAGCAGCUGGACUUGGCAUAUGGUGGCUGAAGCGAGAGGCUGACUCAAUUGUGGAUGCACUGCCUCGGGUCAUGGCAGAGAAUCCCCUCAACAGCAUAGAACAUAGAUUGAAACAUUUGCCAACAAGGGAGGAAUUGCUUCAGAAACUAAAGACAGAAGAAUUUGAUGUCCUUGUUGUUGGAGGGGGAUGCACAGGAUGUGGAGUAGCUCUUGAUGCUGUGUCAAGGGGGUUGAAAACGGCCCUUGUGGAACGUGAAGAUUAUUCCUCUGGUACCUCCAGUCGUAGCACUAAGCUCAUCCAUGGUGGAGUCCGCUACCUUCAGAAGGCCAUCUUGGGCUUUGAUCGAGAACAAUACAAAAUUGUACAAGAGGCUCUACAUGAGCGAGCCAACCUUCUUGCAAUUGCUCCUCAUUUGUCUUUUCCCCUUCCCAUCAUGCUACCCAUUUAUAAGUGGUGGCAAGUGCCAUACUUCUAUGCAGGAAUCAAGCUCUAUGACAUUGUGUCUGGAUCCAAACUCCUGAAGAGCUCAUAUUAUUUGUCCAAGAAGAAAGCUUUGGAACUGUUCCCUGUGUUGAAAAAAGAUGCCCUUGUUGGUGCUCUUGUGUACUAUGAUGGCUCUCACAAUGAUUCCAGGAUGAAUCUCACCAUAGCACUGACAGCUAUCAGACUUGGUGCUGUUGCCUCAAAUUAUGUCACAGUGGAAGGUGUCCUAAAAGCGAUGGCUGAGGAUGGGAAGGAAUAUGUUAGUGGGGCUAAAGUGAAGGAUGAGCUUACAGGUGAAACUUGGGAGGUGAAAGCCAAGUGUGUCAUCAAUGCAACUGGUCCAUUUUGUGAUUCUCUCCGCAAGAUGGAUGAUCCCACAGCCAAGAGCAUUGUUCAACCAAGUAUGGGAAUCCAUGUAGUUCUCCCCAAUUAUUACAGUCCCGAGCAAAUGGGUCUUUUGGAUCCGUCCACAACCGAUGGGAGAGUCAUCUUCUUCUUACCUUGGCAGAGACAUACCAUAGCAGGCACAACAGAUUCACCAUGUUCCUUGACUUAUCAUCCAGCUCCAACUGAGAAUGACAUACAGUUCAUCCUAAAUGAGAUUCGCAAUUACCUGAAUGCAGACAUUGAAGUUAGGAGAGGAGAUGUUCUGUCAGCUUGGAGUGGUAUUCGUCCCCUGGUGUUCAAUCCUGCCAAGUCUGAUACUCAAUCCAUUGCACGCAAUCACAUCGUCCAUGUGAGUGAUUCAGGUCUUGUGACCAUCGCAGGAGGGAAGUGGACUACAUACCGAAAAAUGGCUAAAGACACAAUGGAUGUGGCUGUUAAAGCUUUUGCUUUAAAUUCUAAAAAUGAUAGUCUGACUGAUGGUCUCCUCUUGGAUGGAGCACAUUCUUGGUCUCCAACCAUGUUCAUCCGCCUUGUACAAGACAUUGGUAUGGAAACUGAUGUUGCAAUUCAUCUGGCGAACACAUAUGGUGACCAGGCUUUUCAGGUUGCAAAGCUCUCCAAGUUCACUGGUAAACGUUGGCCUAUCAUGGGAAGGAAGAUUCAUGAAGACUUCCCAUACAUUGAAGGUGAAGUACAAUAUGCCAUCCGGGAAUAUGCUCGCACUGUGACGGACAUUAUAGCUCGGCGUUUGAGAUUCGCUUUCUUGAACGUUCAAGCAGCAGAAGAAGCCCUGCCCCUGGUUGCUGAUAUUAUGGCCGAGGAGCUCAAAUGGGAUGAGAAGGAGAAAAGCAAGCAGAUUGCAGAGGCACGUCAAUUCCUGCGGCUGGAUAUGGGUGGGGCUGUGAACAAAGCCAGCGUGGAGAACAUGGCCAUCAAUCUUACUCGAGACCAGAUGUCUAAAUACAUAGCCCGAUUUCAGCAGUUGGAUUCUGACAGGAAAGGUUUCAUCACCAUCAACGAUUUCAGGGACAUAAUGAAGAAGGAAGGGAAAAAGGUCUCAGAAAAAGAUCUUCACAUGAUCCUGUCUGAGAUUGACUUGCACAAGAAUGGGAGAGUGGAGUUGCCUGAGUUCCUGCUCAUGAUGGCUGCAUUCAAGACUGGAACAGCUGGGAUAUCGGGAAUGACACGAUCGUUAUUACUCGAUGCUGAACCAGAUGGAUUGGAUCGGUCUUUGAAAGCAGUUGAAAGAUCUGGUGGUGGGGUAUAG